UAAGUAAUAACACAACACAUUCGUCUGGAAACAGAGAUUUGGAACGAAAGAAGGAGAAGAUGAAGAAGGAAGACACAGUGAAGCUGAUCAGUGCGGAGGGUUUCGAAUUCAUCGUCGAUAAGGAAGCUGCUAUGGUUUCCCAGACCAUUCACAACAUGCUCACCUCUCCAGGGAGUUUCUCUGAAAGGGAGCGCGGUCAAGUCACAUUUCCUGAAAUCAGCACCGCCAUUCUCGAAAAGAUUUGCCAGUAUUUCUAUUGGCAUCUUCAAUUUGCUAAUGGGAAGGAGACAGAGUUUCCUAUUGAACCUGAACUGACUCUGGAGCUAAUGAUGGCUGCCAAUUACCUGCAUACUUGAGCAUUUUAACUUCCAUAAGGGUAAUGAAGAAGGAACUGUUGCUUUGUUAGGCUUUCAAGAAAUAUAAUCUAGUGUCAUUGUAACCUGUAUCCUAACAUUGACAAAGUAUACAUGUAAGCUGUGUAACCUGUAUCCUUUCUGUUUCUCUGGUUGUUUGGUUCUGCCGGUCAUACUUUGUGAAAAUUGACAGAUUCAAAAGAGAAGAUAAACUCAUGUUUCUUUCUUAUUAAAAAAGAAUAUGCUAAUUCAAAGUGAA